AUGGAGGACAGCGAAUCAUUACUACCACCGUUGCAACACGCCCACACGUAUGUGGCUGGUGAAGAUGGCAGUCGUCUCAAAAAGGUUGCGCGAGGCUUUGGUUUGACCAACACGGAGGCAAGAAUUCCUCAGCCCAACGUUCGAGUGUUGCCACUAGCCUUGAAACUCUUGUGGAGUGAUGACACUUUGGAGCGUGCCCGUAUGCACAGUGUGGGUACUCUGGCUGACAACGAACGCCUGGAUGAUUACGGUAACGUUCACAGGACCAUGACCGUUCGAAGACGUCGUCGACGACGAGGAGAAGGUCUCGUUCCACUGGGACAUGUCAAGCCUGACUACGGUGGUGACUUGUCAAACUUGUUCGAACAUCCGUCAAAGAUUGAUGAAGGAGACGAAGAAGAUGAAGACGACGACGAUGAUGAUGAUGAAGAGUCGGUGGAUGAGACCAUUGACGUCGAGGUAGGUGGUUCGAUAACAGCAGCUGUCUUUGGAAUUAUCAAGGGAACGAUUGGCGGAGCCGUUUUGUUUCUACCCAGAGGCUUUCAAAUGGCCGGUUAUGCUCUAGCCAUACCGAUCAUGAUCUUGUCCACUGCAUCCUACCUUUACAGCGCCAAUCGCCUUUUGGAAUGCUGGAGAGUCGAAAAAGCAAAGGCUGCCAUGAUUGACGAAAUUCGAGCUCUUCUUUUGGAAGGAUCGCCAAAGAUGUAUGGAUCAACGAAAGCCGGUGAAGAGCUUAAGCAGCAACCGAGUGAAGGUGGCAAACUCUUGUCCUAUCCCGAGCUUGCUCGACGUGCCUUUGGUAGCGGUGCAUUCUGCGUCGAACUAGGCAUUGCUACCAUGCAGUUUGGUGUAUGUUUGACCUAUCUCAUUUUUGUGCCUCAAAACCUCUACGAAGCUACGCAUCAGCUAUUUGGAUGGGAGAUGAGCAAGACUGUCUUUUUGGUUUGCAUGGUGCUGAUGGAGGUGCCAUUGGCUUGGAUUCGUGACAUUCGUCGAUUGGCAUUCUUCAAUUUUAUUGCAACCUUGUUGGUCGCAUACGGGUUAUUCUCUUGUGUAGUCUUGGCAUUCAUGGAGAUUGCAAAAGACCCAGAGUUGACCUAUUUGGACAGGCUGGCUGAUUUACCUCCAACCAACCCUGAUACUUGGAUUCUUUUCAUUGGAACUGCUUUCUUUGCGUUUGAAGGAUGUAUCACAUUGAUUGUUCCACUUCAAGGAGCCGUGUCUCGAGAAGAAGACAAACAACGAUUUCCUAAAGUCAACCAAACUGUGACCUCCAGUAUCGUUGCCUUUUACAUUUUCUUCGCCUUGACCUGUUGGGCUGCUUUUGGAAGCAACAUUAAAACAGCUCUUACUGCGUCACUUCCACCAGGUCCCUAUGCAACUAGUGUACAGCUUGCGUACUCUCUGGCAAUCCUGUUCACCUUUCCACUGCAGGCAUUCCCUGCUAUGGAGGUUGUUUUUCACUAUACUGCACAUGGAGCAAUCAAGACAGAUCCAUCCGUACGUAAGAAGUUGAGCAUUCAAGCCACUCUGAUUGUAUGUUGUUUGGGGGUUGUUGCCUACUUGGCGAUUGACUACUUGGGAAACGUAGUAAGCCUGCUUGGCUCACUGGUCGGUAUUCCAAUUGCGCUCGUAUUUCCUCCCAUCAUGCAUAACAUUCUUGUGAGGGAUCUUUCGACCUUCACGAAGGUUUUGAACUAUUCUGUCGCCACCCUUGGCGUUGUCAUCAUAGGAGUCACAACUUACAUCACGAUCCUACAAUGGGAUAAAGGUGCGGGCUAA